GUUUGCAGCUUCAACUUCAAUGAUGAAUUAACGCAAAAAAAAUACCUCAUUUUACAAAAAUCUUACAUGAACUGUAAAAAUUAUAACGUCGUUAAUAAAAGAAAUCAAAGCCUUAGCUUAAAUCAUGGAGAACAGUACUGUGAUGAAGACCCCUUCUGCAACUAUUUCCUAUAUAACAGUACAAGACAAGAAAUACGACUAUGCUAUGAUAAGAAGCUUGUACUAAAGAACCCCCAAUACGACGAAUUAUGGUUAACAAGUAUAAAAGAAAAAGUUUUUGAUAAAUUAUCCCCUUCACUUGUUAAUUCUCAAGGGAUAUGUAAUCAUAAAGUUGGCAAGUUUUUUUUUAAUACAUUAAAUGAGGCUAUAAAGGAUGGAAAGGAGAAAAUGCAGAAUUUUAUGAUAUUAAAUUUUCAAGCGAAUGAUAAAACGGAAAAAAAAAUAGAAGGAUAUUUCUGUGAAGCGAUAGAUUAUUUUGUUGACAGAGAAGGUUACGUCGUUUUUGACUUUACUAAGUUGGAGCACCCGCAUCAGUCCUGUCUAAGAGCAAGAAAGUGUGGACUCAGGGGAUCGGUGCAACCUGAUGACAGCAAACAUGAACAGGGCAUCAACCCUGGAGAUGUUGUGGAGGUCCACAAAUUUUAA